UUACAUUUUAAUCAUAUCGGUCAGUUCCAGUUGUAUUAAUUCCUAUAUAGUCUAUUCUCUGAAAAACGUAGUUUCGGAAAGUUAAAUAUAGAACAUACAGAACAACUAUAGUUAAAUACAGUACAGCAACAGCAACGGCGUGAAAAUUAACGAAGCUGUUGAAGACUCGGAAUGUAAAUAACUUGUUUGUUUCAUUAUUGGUCGCAUUGCAGUGCUUCCAUUAAAAAAUUUGAGCUAUAAAACACGAAUAUUUUACUGGGGACGAAUAUGUUUCAUAAUUGUUUUAGGGAAAUCCCGAAGAGGUACCAGAAAAUCAACCGCUUUAAUUUGUGAAAGGUAAAAUACCAUCAUGUUGUCUUCGUGUAAAUAUGCGUUUAAUUCAGCUGCGUGGGCACCAACUGUAGCAGAUUGGACGUUAGUUGGUCAGUGCAUUCAGAGUAGUGAGUGCCGCCGUAUUUCUGAGUUUUAUUUCAAAGACGACGCAAAGCUUUGCUUGUCUGCACGACUUUUGCUUAGAUAUGCUCUCUGCAAAUGUUUGGGGGUCAAAUGGUACGAUCUUAAGCUGUCACGAACUGAAAAGGGAAAGCCAAUACUUGACCCUGUGGUCCACAAUGUACAUAAGAUAUACUUUAACGCAAGUCAUCAAGGCGAUUAUGCGGCUGUGGUAGCGCACAAUGAACACAACGUUGGAAUCGAUAUUAUGGACGUAAGAGAAAAGCACGGCGACAACGAUACGUUUUUCAAACUUAUGGAUCGCCAGUUCACCCUUCACGAGUGGAAAUCUAUCAGAAAACCAACAAACGCAGAUGAUCAAAUGAAAACUUUUUACCGUCAUUGGUGUUUAAAAGAGAGCUAUGUCAAAGCCUUAGGUGCUGGUAUUACAUAUGAUUUGCAGUCUCUCAGUUUUUCAGUGUCUUCGCCUUUAUCUAAAACACUUGUAAAUGACACACGCUUAUAUGUUAAAGAAAAUCUUCAACCGAACUGGGUCUUUGAAGAAUCAAUGCUAGAUGAAAACCACUGUGUUACAGUUGCAAGAGAUGACGAAACUGCAAACCAUGAGCGUUUGGCGUCUUUUAAAAUUCUAUCUUUUGGUGAAAUAAUGUCAAUUGCUGAACCUAUGUGUAAAACAAAUGAAGUUGAUAUGAAGUUCAUUGAAAGUUAUAACAAACCUUUUAAAUCUAAACGAUACUAGAAAACUAAACACCUAACGGUAUUGAUAGUUAAACACAUGAUUUUUCAAAGUUAACAUGAUGAACACUAAACAGUAUAUUAAUUGUAAUUGUCCUUCAUGUUAAUGCCAUAGUGUGAACUUUAAAUUUAUUCAUUCUUUUUUCUGGUUGUUACGAUAACUUAAACCUUUAAUCAUCAUAUUAUAUAUCUACAUUAUAAGCA